CAUCCUGUGAUACCAACUGUUUGCUCUUUGGGUCCUGCCCUAUGUCUGGGAACUCACGGCCCUGAGGUUGUGACAUAAUUUGGUGGCAAGCAGUGGGAUAGGAUCCCAGGACCCAAAAGGCACCAUGAGCACCCCACCUGGAUUCUACGCUGACCCAUUGGAUCUCUUCGCUUGCAUGGAUUACUCCUGGACUCCAGAGAUCCCUACUGAUCCCAGAGAGAGGACCCUGUUCUGGCUGAGAUGUGAGUCACUGGGACUAUCUGGGGAUGAGGGUCUGGCAUAUGGAGUAGGGCAGUUAGUGGCAGGAGAGGCAGACCUGGAGGAUGGGUACUAUGUUCUGCAGCGCACCAUGCACCAACCAGGUGGGAGAUAUUGGCACAGUCCCUAUACAGUGCUCCCGCUUCCCUGUAGCUUGGCGGAAUGGCACGGCCAAUGGGAGAGGCUGAAUUUCUGUGACUAUAGCACCUUUGUGGGUAACCCAGAGGGGGAAUUCCAUACCCUCUAUGCACAGCGCUUCUUUUAUAUAGGAAUGAAUGAUACAGAGGAACGGAGGGACUGGCUUGCUGACCUGGUGUAUCAGGAACUGGAAUUGAUAAAAGAGUAUGGAAGUAUCCAGGAAUUGGAAAACCAACGCAAGGAAGCACUGAGGGUAUGUGCACCAUCUUUUUGUGGUUUUCAGCAGGCACAGCCCUGCCUUGGUACUGUAGGUCCAAAAGACUUUCACUUACCCCCAGUACAGUCAGUGCCGGGGUGGGGGAGGAACAAGAAGCUUCCCAAACAACUUUAUUUUGGUCCCCAAGGGAAAUCCCUGUUUGUGAGGAGUCCAGUGGUUGUGUUGCCCCUGUGCUGGCAGAACCGGAGAGUGGGUGCUGCCACUUUAAAGGCUUGGCAGAGGCUGAGGCCUCCCCGAGUGAAAACCCUGUUGCUAAUACAACUGCCAUAA